UACACGGCCACUUUAGCAAAGAUAUUCCCAAGCUAAUUCCAUUGCCAACUCAAACCCAUCAUCAUUCUCCCUUUUCAUUACUCUCUCUUCCUUGUUCUUCUUAUAUAUUCUCUACUGGCUCCCUUCUCUUCUCCACACUUCGCCACUACAACAUCUCUCUCUCUCUCUCUCUCUCUCUCUCAAUCUCCCUUAAGCUUCUCUUGAGUUUCUCAAGGAAAGAAGAUGGGUGAUAUAGCUUUCUCCAAUGGGAUUAAUGCUAAUGGAAAUGGAGUCAACGGCAAAAACCAUUCGCUUAAUGGUUACAGAAAGAGCUGUUGGUAUGAAGAAGAGAUUGAAGAGAACUUAAGAUGGUGUUUUGCUCUCAAAAGUAUAUUGCAUACAGGAGCUAGCCAGUACCAAGACAUUGCCCUGCUGGACACUAAGCCCUUUGGAAAGGCAUUGGUGAUUGAUGGAAAGCUUCAGAGUGCAGAGAUAGAUGAAUUUAUUUACCAUGAAUGUCUGGUUCAUCCAGCUCUUCUUCAUCAUCCCAAUCCAAAGAAUGUUUUUAUUAUGGGAGGGGGAGAAGGAUCAACUGCAAGGGAAUUACUGAGGCACAAGACCAUAGACAAAGUUGUGAUGUGUGAUAUAGAUGAGGAGGUAGUGGAAUUCUGCAAAUCACACCUACUUGUAAACAAGGAAGCAUUCCGCGAUCAAAGACUCGAAAUCAUCAUCAAUGAUGCCAGGACUGAGCUUGAAGCAAGAAAAGAGAGCUAUGAUGUUAUAAUAGGUGAUCUGGCAGAUCCAAUAGAAGGAGGUCCUUGUUAUAAACUUUACACCAAGUCCUUCUAUGAGUUCACUGUUAAGCCUAAGAUGAAGCAGGAUGGUAUAUUCGUGACUCAGGCAGGACCAGCUGGGAUAUUUAGCCAUACUGAAGUUUUCUCAUGCAUCUACAACACUUUGAGGCAAGUUUUCAAGUAUGUUGUGCCUUAUUCUGCUCAUAUCCCUUCUUAUGCUGAUAUUUGGGGAUGGGUCAUGGCUUCAGACUCUCCAAUAAACCUGAGUGCUGAAGAUCUAGACCUCAGAAUGAAACAGAGGAUAAAGGGAGAAAACAGAUAUCUUGAUGGAAAGACAUUUUUGUCUGCCUCCACUCUGAGCAAAACUGUUCGCAACUCGCUAGAUAACGAGACUCAUGUAUACACAGAGGGAGCUGAAAGGUUCAUCUAUGGGCACGGCAAGCGUAAUCAAGCUUGAGAAGAAACACUAAAUAAGUAAAGCAAAGAAAGACAGAGAGAAUGCUAGUGGGGGGAAAAAGUUCUUUUAAGAGUUUUGUCUUGUCAUUAUAAUGUUUUCCUUUUCCUUUUUUCUUUUGCUCUCUGGUGUGUACUUAACCUGCAAAGGUAUAAUGUUGUUAAUGGAAAACAAGCUGGGUCCUACUUUGUUUCCUUCAA